AUGAGCUUCGGUAAGACACUCCGAGGAGUCGAUCCUGAGCAACGUCGCGAGAGGCUGAGAAACCUGCAACUCGUUGAUGUGGUCAGUUCACCAGCAGGAGCGUCAACUAUCACCGAUGAAGAUAAAGCAGUCAAAACGAACAAGGCAUCUAUCCCUGGAGGUGGCUCGAUCGUUGAUAAAAAUCGCCUAGCAGGGAUCAACGACUACUUGUACGAAGGCGAUAUCAAUCUUACCGAAGAACAACUCGCUGCUCUCGAAUCGGAACUGAGCAACGGCACAACUCGUCAAAAGCGACAAGCUUCCAAAACAUAUGCUAUAUGGACUAACAAAAAAGUCUUCUACUACUUUGAUGCAAGCUUGGGAGAGCCGAUGAGGGCUCUUGUAAAAAAGACCCUUGCAUAUCUGACCGCUCGCACAUGCGUCACCUUCGUAGAGAACGCAACAGCUACAAAUCGCGUUCGGGUGUUCAGAGGGGACGGCUGUUACUCGUAUGUCGGAAUGAUUGGAGGCGAACAAGAUUUGUCGCUAGCCGAUGGCUGCGGUACGAUGGGAAUCGUUGCCCACGAGUUCAUGCAUGCUCUCGGAAUAUUCCAUAUGCAAAGUCGUCACGACCGCGAUUCUUUCAUUACACUCGACUUGACCAAUGUACCGGUAAGUCUCAAAGUCAAAUUUUUAUUUUUUGUGAUUCAGAUAAGCAAGUCGCUGCACUGCACUUCCCUCCACCACAUUCUCGAAUAG